GGCCGCCUCCUCCCCAGUCCCUCCUGCAGCGUCUCCGCUCUGGGCCCGGCCUCCACCUGCUGUCCCUGGGCCUUGGUCUCCUGCUGCUGGUCAUCAUCUGUGUGGUUGGAUCCCAAAAUUCCAAAUUUCAGAGGGACCUGGUGACCCUGAGAACAGAUUUUAGCAACUUCACCUCAAACACUGUGGCUGAGAUCCAGGCACUGACUUCCCAGGGCAGCAGCGUGGAAGAAAUGAUAGCGUCUCUGAAAGCUGAAGUGGAGGUUAUCAAGCAGGAACAGCAGGCAGUUCAUUCUGAAAUGCUCCUGCGAGUCCAGCGGCUGAUGCAAGACCUGAAUAACGUGAUCCUGCCAGGUGGCUAUCUCAAGAACAAUGGCCUCUACGGAAAGGCCUGCUGGCCCGUCAACGUGGUGGAGCACCAAGACAGCUUGGCUACUGGAGCACUAAGCUUUCGCAUACACCUGGAUGGGCCUCAGGUGGACCGUGAAGGAGCCUGGAAGGGGUGGGAUGGAACAGACUAUGGAGACCGGCUUCCGAGGAACUGGAGCCAGGCCGAGCAGAGACUGGCAGGGGCACGGGCUGGGGGCGGAGGCGAGGACUGUGGCCCAUUCCCCCAGGACGGCAG